UUCCGUUCUCAGUUAGGGCCCAUAUCACUUGCUUACACGUUACCAUCUCAAAUCCAUUUUCGCCCGAUCAUUGAGAUUCCGUUCGAAUUCCCACUAGACAGGGAACGAGAAGUUGGUGCCCGGGUGGUUUGAAAGGCCUACCGUGCCACGCCUGCCUUCCCCCCUCGAGCACCACAACACCACGAUGGAGCAAACCGCCCCUCCCGUGGACAUCCACGCCCCCUUCACGCGCGCUGAGCGCAUGCAGCAACUCGCUGACAUUGACCGUGACAUCGCCUCGCUCCUGGACCUGACCGGGACGGCCAUACAGAGCCUGGGGAGACAGAGCUUACCACCGGCGCCUGCCACCAAUAGCACAGGCACGGGUGCCGGCGCCGGCGCCCCCGAUCAGCAACAGCACGAGGCGCAGUCCCAGUCGCAGCCCCAGCCCUCGGCCGCAGAGCAGACGCGCCAGUUCGAGGAGGCCAUGAACAAGUUCCUCUCCACGCUGCACUCGGUCGACGCCCGCCUGAAGCGCCAGAUCCUGGGCCUCGACGAGGCGGGCAUCAUCAGCCUGCCCAGCAACAAGGACGCCGCCGCAGCCAAGGACGGCAAGGCCAAGGACAGCGAGGACGGCGCGGGCGGGGCGUCCGCAGCCGGCCCGGCCCCCAAGCCCGCCCUCGAGCCCGACGGCGUCGGCAAGGUCGGCGACCUCGACGUCGGCUGGCUCAAUAGUAGGAGCAACCAGGUCGAGCGGGAGAUGGAGGCCGAGCUGUGGACCAAAGCGAGGAGGCACCUCGAGACGCUUUCUGGGGGCGCGGGCGCCGCGGGUGACCUGGACGGCGAUGCUAGCAUGACGGGGUAGAUGUUGAGGCUCUUGAACCCAGUCCCCCUUUUUAAACUUUUUAUUCUCUUUCGCCGCGAGCAUGUUUCGGGGUGUGGCGCAAUGGGUCCCUUAGAGGAGUUGGGCCUAGAUUACGGAUUGCCUUUCAGAUACCCCUUACCACCUCACGACUUCAAUUUCACUGGGAGAGAACAGAACUCUCAACACAUUACCACAGCGACAGCAAGAAUUUAUCAAAAGUGGCCGCUCUCAAAAUAGUCAUUCUGUUCCGGUAUUCGCCAAUCGAAAGCCUGCCAACCCCUAACGCCUACGACAUACGAUCAAAACCCCGUUGCAAUCACUGCAGCAUAACCGGAGGUCAGGCUACAUGCAACGUAGCCUCCCCCCCUGAAAUAUCCUCAAUCCUAAAAUAUGCUUCAUCCGAUAAGGCAGUGGCACACGGUGUCCGAACUGCGAAAAGAGGACCCCAGCCACACAGCUUAUUCCAGCCCCCGUUGGCCAUGUUCUCGGUGGAGUCAGUGAAAGAAGAGUCGUCGAGGCUUUUGUUGAGAUUUAUCAGCUGCCCUGCUCCCAACACAGAUUUCUUCUCCCCCCCCCCCCCAAAAGGAUUUCACUCACAGCGUGUCGAAGCCCAAGCACUCAAACCGCUCCGACGAGGAGUUCACCUGGACGAACCGCCCAAAGAACGACACGCACCCGGGCGUCCCGUUACACGUGUACUGGCACUUGAAGGAGCCGUACGCGCUCGGGCCGUCCCCAUGCACCAUGUACAGGCUCUACGGCAGCUGUUAGCACAGCGACAAUUGCUCUCGGUGAGUGGGGACGAUCCGGUGAGGAGGGCAGGAGGAAGGGGGGCGGUUGGAAAUCGGAGGUGCCAGAUGGAGCUCACCAUUGAACUGCCAACGGAGUGGUCUCUGGUGAAGGCAGGGUCGAUAUCGUAGAAGCGGUUGCCAUCCGGGUCUCCCACGGCGGCGUAAUCCAUGUCGUACCCCGACGGGCUCGCGUGGGAGCCGGAGACGCAGGUCGGAGUCGACUGGCGCCCUGUGACCUGAUCGGGCUCGAUGACACCCGCGGCGGCCAUGACAGCCGCCGACAGGGUCCCGAGGAGAAUGCCAAGAGACCUUGUCAUGGUGUUUGUGGUUCAGAACUGCUGUGAUAUCUCAC